AUGAGGAAGCUGAGGAUCAUAGAGGAUCUACAGAAGGAUAUGGUCCCUUCAAAUUUCCCAAAUGUGUUUGACAUUGAGACGGUUAAUGAAAGUCACUUUGCUCAAAGGUGUUCGAAAUGGAGGCAUGGGCUGCAGGAAGAUGGCAGCUCUCCUGCGACGGCAUCACUCGUGCCAAGCAAAGCUGCCUGGGGUGACUUUUGUGAUGGCGCUAAGAAGGCAAUUGGCGAACUUUCUUGUACAACUUCUAUGGAGUGGGACAUGCAGGGGGUGAAUGGGUUCUCGCCGCUUGGCCCCACAGGCCUGGGGGCCGAGGAGCCGCCAUCCGGCUCACAGAGCUGCAGUCUGUGCCUGCAGCCCAAGAGGCACGUGGUAUGCCAAUGCUCACAGUGCCACGCUGUGCUCACUGGCUCUGUGCACCUAGCAUGGGACCCAUCGUGGUCCCUUGAGGCUGUGGUAUUCUCCAGAGUCAUAAAUAAUGUGGUUUGGGAAGCUCCCUUCCUAGUUGGCCUGUUAAAAGGCAGCACUUAGAACUUUUUAUUCUGUACUUCCUAUGGGAUUCCCAUUGGUUUGCAUUUAUAUUCUACCCAUGCUGCCCUGGCUGCCUUCAGAGGUCACUUGUGCCUUUCAAGUGACAAAAUGGUGUGCUAUCUCUUAAAAACAAAAGCUACAGCAAAUGCAUCUGAUAUUCACAACUUCUUUCUACCACAGAAGGUUGCAGAACCUGAAAGAGAAGAUAAUAUUAACGCCUACUCAAAUUCAUGGAUGAAGAUUCUGAAGGAAGUAACUCCUGACCAGCCCAAGCCAGAAAACUGA